CUUCAAGGGUUACAUUUUCAUCAAACUUUACAUCCUGACUUAUCACAAUUUCUUCGUCAAUGGAUUGUAUAAUUUAUAACCCUUAGACCUUUCACUAUAUCCAACAAAAAAUGCAUUUCAGAGCUUUAUCAUCCAAUUUAUUCCUUAUAGCAUCCGGUAUAUGGGCAAAAGCAAGACUAGCGAAGAUCUUUAGGUGUGAAACUUUUGGUUUAGAACCAUACCAGGCUUCAUGUGGAGUCAUGUUAUUCAAACUUUUUGAGGGUGACCUGUUGAUCAAAUAUACUGCACAAGCAACUGCCUCUGCUCAAAGUUCUCGUGGUAGUUGCUUUCUUUUAAGCACGCAUCUUCCCAUUUCCAUAAUGGUUCGGUUUUUUCUUUCACAAACUCCAUUCUGCUAUGGCGAAUACCGUACAGUCAGUUCAUGUCUUAUUCCAAGAUUUCUGCACAAUUUUUCAAAGUCCCUUGAAAGAUACUCAGUCCCACGAUCAGUUUUUAAUGUCUUAAUAGAAAAUCCAGAAAAGUUCUCAACUUCAGCUUUAAAAUCUUUGAAAGCAUGAAAGCAAUCAAAUUUUUCUUCAAGAAAAUAUGUCCAAACUUUUCUGCUAAAGCCAUCAAUGAAAGAGAUAGAGAUAAAACUGGAAUUGGUCCACACAAGUCUGAAUGGAUAAGUUGUAGACGUUGUCUUGCUCUCCAAGAUGACUUGUGUGGAAAUGAACUUCUAUGUUGCUUUCCAAGUUGGCAGGCCUCACAAACUUCUUUCAGUUGUUCAAUCUAAGGAAGACCAUCCACCAUUUUCCUUUCUGAUAACAAUUUCAAGGCUCCAUAAUUUAAAUCCCCAUACCUAUCAUGCCAUAGUUUCGAAAUUUCUCCAUUUGUGCUAGUGAAAUGAAAAGCAACAUUAGUAACUUUUAGCUGAAUAGGAAACAGAUUAUUUGAUGCCAAUGGGAUCUUUGCGACAAUCUGAUUUUCUCUGGUCAAAAUGCACAAUUUAUCAUGUAAAUUGAUCUCAAAACCCUUUCUUAAAAGGUGGCCUGCACUUAAUAGAUUGCUUCGCAAACCAGGAACAUAAUAAACAUCAGACAUCUUUUCAAGCUUUCCUAUCUUAGUUUCAAUCAUUAUAUAUCCAAUCCCUUUAAUUGCAAAAGCUCUAGCAUCACCAACUUUGACUUGCCCUAAUUCUGAUUCCACCAUCUUAGAAAACAAGCUUUUGUUUCCAGUCAUAUGCUUACUAGCACUGUUAUCCAGAUACCAAACAUCAUCAUUUUGCAUUUUUUCACAUGUUAAUAACAAAGUUUUAGAAGUGUACUUCUUAUGAUAGUCAUUUUUAUGAAUGAAACUAGUUUUUGCUUUAUCCUUAUUUUUCUAGUUCCGGCACUCAUUGCUUUUAUGGCCAAGUUUGUGGAAAUGAUAGCAUUCAACAUAUUCCUUUCCCUUAUACCAGCAAUCACUACUUUUAUGAUUAGUUUUAUGAUAGUAAUAGCAUUCAGGGAAUUCUUUUCUACCUCUUUGAUGAUAUCCUCGACCUCGACCUCUUCGAAAAUUGCUUGUGUGAUCAUCCUUUACUUCUUCUUUGAACUCUCCACCACUUUGAAAUCAUCUUCCUCUUCCAAAAGAAUGGUGUCCUCUCCUUCGACCUCCAGAUCGUCCUCUUCCCUAAAGGUAUUAGAAUGAGAGCCUCCUGAAAUUUGAGAUUUGAGUGCUUGAUCAGGGAGUGAAGGAUUCCUGUGCUUUACUCGCAGUUCAUGAGAUUUUAACGAUGCAAGUAAAUCAUCUAAUGAAAGUGUUUCCAAGUCUUUAAAUUCCUCAAUUGUGGCAACAAUGAAAUCAAACCUUGAUGGUAGACUUUGAAGAACUUUUUCAACAACUUUUUGAUCUUCUAAAUGUUCGCCAUUGAAUGCCAUUUGAUUUAUAAUUGUAGUAACCCGUGUGAAGUAAUCAGAAAUACUUUCUUCUUCUUUCAUUUCCAAUUUCUCGAACUCUAAUCUCAAGGACUGUAAGCAUACCUUUUUUACUCUCUCUUCUCCAAGGUGUACUGUCUGCAAAAUUUCCCAAGCUUGCUUUGAAGUUUCAGCUUUUGUAAUUCGUUCAAACACCAGUCUUUCAAUUGCCUAGUAAAUGUGGAAAAGGGCUUUACUAUCUUUUUCUCGCUUUUCAUUCAAAGCAUUUCUUUGUGCUUGAGUCAUUCCAUCUUCAGUCUCCGGAUCUUCAAAACCUUCAUAAAAAAUAUUCCUGAGCUUCAUAGAUUUUAGCAACACUUUCAUAUUGUGAUUCCAAUAGUCAUAAUCUUCCCCAUUGAAACGAGGUAUAAGAGACACUAGAUUACUUGGAUUUGCCAUGAUUUUCUUUUCCAAGAUAUUUUACUACUAUUUUAUUCUGAGAAUAAUUUUUGUAAUGGUCGAAUGCUCUGAUACCAGUUUGAAGGCAAGAAAAAAUGGGAAUUAUAUUACUAGAAAUACUCAAUCUUAUUGCCUUAAAAGUUACUGCAGAUUACAUUCCAAUUUAUACAUACUAGAGGACUCAGUAGAUUGCAUUAGAAUAAAUGUGACUAUUACAUAUCCAAGAAGUCUCCUUAUGGGAAGUACCAAACAACUUAAGUAGGUCCAAGCAAAAACAAAAGUAAUUUUGUCAUUCCAAAACCUACCACAAUUUAUGUAUAAGAAAAUUUCUAUAUGGAACAGAUGAAUCCUGUCAUGGAUUCUCAAUUAUUUGGAUCUAAAAAUUUACCUAUAUCUUUAAUUGUUCAAACGUGAGAUGGUAUGAUACAACAUUCUUUCUUAAAGUAAUUCACUAAAAGCUAUUGGAUGUUUCAGAGAAUCAAUAUUCUAACAAGUUGUUAUUAUUAUUGUUAAUAUGAAAUUAAAAGCGUGAUUUAUGCAUAGAUCCUAGUAGAUAAAGAAUCUUUCUUCUCUCUUUUGAGAAAAGCAUGAAAAAUUAACUAGUAAAUUUAAGAUGAUUUGCUUGUCAAAUGAUCAGUUUUUUUCAUCUAAAGAUAAGCAGAACCAAGAAUAUAUCACUGGUUUGUACAUUUCAUCACAGAGGCCCUACAACCACUUGAAUCGAGGAUAUUAAGAUGAGAAUAUAUAACAUAAGAACUGAGAUGUCAAUAAAUGGAAUUGAUAAUAAAUAAAGUGAAAGACGACGACUCAUAAGGUAAUUGGACCAUAUUUUUGUUUAGCUUAAAAGAAAUUUAUGCACCAUCAGAACAAGUUACGAAGAGGAAGAGGUAGAUCAAUAUUAAGAUGACAUGUUUCCAUAGUUAACAAGGAUAUAUUUUCAUCAAAUCUUCUAAUAUUAGAUAUGAAAUGACCAGAUAGACAAGAAAAAAAUCACAUAGCAAAACUCAAAUUUAAAAGGAACAAGACCUUUUUUUUCCCUUUCUUUUAGCCAUCUUACCUUUGGGGCAGUACCUCAACAUCUUGUUUCUUUCUCGCGAUAAAUGCAUAAAGUUGGCUCGAGCUCUUUCUUGUCUGUAUGAGUAGUUAGAGGAGAGUGAGAAUGGGGAAAGGGAUGGGGUGAAUCUGCAUCACGAGGAGUAGAUGCAAUGGAUAUAAUACAUACACACACACACACACACAUAUAAACAAGCGAUUUACUUUGGUCGACAAUUUGAUGUAUCUAUAUGUUUAUGUAUGAGAGUAUAUAACUGGCUAUUUAUAGUAAUGGUGUCAAUUUGUAUCAUAAAUGGAGGGGACUAGAAACUUGUGUGGGCAAAUAAGUGUGUUGCAUGCAGCUCUUAGUCUAGUUAAUGGAACAGAUCUAUAAAUUUCAUAGUUAAACUUUUACGUUUAAUAUUUGUUAUGUUGACAUAUUUUUGUGUAUCAUAUCCAUUGUAGAGUUAUAUACAGCAGCUGAACUAUGGAUAAAUAUUGGAUACAUAAUCCCAAUAGAACUAGCAUUGAAUAUUUGUCAGGUAUUGAUGAAUUUAUUAGAGUUGCAAGCAACCAUGUCAAUUAUACAGGUCAUUCUGAGUGCCCUUGCCAAAAGUGUAAUAAUUGCUCUUGGAGACUAGUAAGUGAAAUUCGACAACACUUGAUCAUGCAUGGUAUGUUAUACAAUUACACUACAUGGAAUCGUCAUGGAGAAUGAUUGGGGACUGCGUUAGGUUCCUCUAUGAAUAACUUGUUUUGCAGCCCAAGACCGACUAAUGACAUUGAUUGUGAUAAUGAUCAAGUAAUGAAAAUAAUCAAUGAUAUGUAUCCACAUGCCUUGCACCAUCAUGAGCAAGAUGUUUUAGAGGAAGAUGACAUAUUACUUGAGGAUGAUACGUUGGGAAAUAAUCAGACGUCAAAUAUGCGUAGGCAAGAGAUAGAUAAGUAAAAAGAACUUUACCCUAAUUGUAAAGAUUUCUCUGUGCUGACAUUUAUUGUAGAGUUGAUGCAACUAAAAGUGAGGAAUUUGAUGAGCUUAUGAGCAUCUUGAAAAGGAUGCUUCUGAACGAAAAUCAAUUACCUCCUACUCAUCGACAUGCCCAUAAAAUUUUAAAAGAUCUCGGACUAGGCUAUGAAAAAAUCCAUGCAUGUAAAUAUGAUUGUGCACUAUUUUACAAGGAAAAUGAAUGGUUAGAUAAGUGCCCCAUUUGUAAUAAGCCAAGAUAUCAGAACAGUUCUGAAGAUAAGAAAAAGAUUCUUCAAAAAGUAUUGCGCUAUUUUCCAAUAAAGCCAAGAUUACAGCGAUUAUGCAUGUCAAUGUAUACUGCCAAUGAUAUGAAAUCGCACAAGGAUGGACGAGUUGACGAUGGCGACAUGAGGCAUCCAGCAGACACAAUUACAUGGAAGGAAUUUGAUAAGAUGUAUCCCAAUUUUACAGUAAAGUCACGAAACAUAAGGUUGGGCUUUGCAACGGAUGGUUUUAAUCCACUUGGGGAUAUGAACAAACCUUAUAGCAUGUGGCCUGUGGUGGUUGUUCCUUAUAAGUUGCCUCCAUGGAUGUGCAUGAAAAAAGAAUUCGCCAUGCUAACGUUAUUAAUUCCUGGCAAACACGAACCUGGCAAGGGCAUUGAUGUUUAUUUGCGCCCGCUAAUCGAUGAACUAAAAGAAUUAUGGGAAUUGGUGUGCAUACAUAUGAUAAAAGCACUGAUUCCACGUUUAACUUACGUGCUGCUGUGUUGUGGACUAUUAAUGAUUUACCUAUUUAUGGAAAUUUAUCAGGUUGGAGUAUGAAGGGUUAUAAUGCAUGCCCUAUUUGUAAUGAUGAUGGAACAUCUGAAUGGUUUAGUGACAACGUUUUCUAUAUGAGGUAUCGACGAUGGCUACCAUGAGAUCAUUUGUGGCGCAAAAGAAGGGAUUCCUUUGAUGGGAAAACCAAAUUUCGUGCAAGACCUAGACAAUUAUUGGGUAAUGAAAUUUUAUCUCAGGUACAGAACAUAUACUUUGGCCAGAUUAGUAAAUAUCCUAAUAACCUAGACAAAAAAAGAAAGAGGACAUUUGAAGUAUGAAACUGGACUAAGAAGAGUAUUUUCUUUGAGCUAGAGGAUUGGUCGAAGUUAAAAAUUAGGCAUAACCUAGAUGUAAUGCAUAUUGAGAAGAACGUUUGUGACACUUUUGUUGGGACAAUAUUAGGUAUAGAGGGAAAAUCCAAAGAUACAGUCAAAGCUCGCCAGGAUUUAGAAUCACUUGUAAUAAAAAAAUCUUUGUGCUUGGAUUAGAAUGGAGAGAAGUGGGUUAAAAGACAUCCAUUUUUCACAAUGAAGCCAAAUUUAAAGAAAGAAUUCCUUCAGUUUUUAAAAUCAGUAAAAUAUCCAAAUGGCUAUGCUGCCAAUAUUUCAAGAAAUGUGGUAGUCGAAUCUGGAAAAAUUUCUGAAUUGAGGAGCCAUGAUUAUCCUGUAUUAUUCCAACGACUACUUCCGUUGGUAUUCGAAAAUAUUCACCAAAUGAAGUGGUUGAGCCAAUUGUUCAGUUAUCCAAUUUCUUUCAACAAUUAUGUGCGAAAACGUUAUGUAUGGAGGACAUUAAGAGGUUGGAGGAUGAUAUUGUGUAUAUAUUGUGCAAGUUUGAACAAAUUUUUCCUCCAGCUUUCUUUGUUUCCAUGAUUCAUCUGCUAGUACAUUUACCUGAAGAGGCAAGACUUACAGGUCCUGUGAGUUAUCAGCGGAUGUACCCAAUAGAAAGAAUGUUGGGCACAUACAAAAAAUAUGUACGAAAUCGGGCUCGACCUGAGGGAUCCAUUGCAGAGGCAUAUGUUGCACAUGAGUCUCUCACUUUUUGUGCCAUGUACCUUCAAAAUGUUGAGACACCUUUUAAUCGAAAUGAACGAAACUUUCAUGGUGGCUCCAGAUAAGAGAGACUUUCUAUUUUCUCCCAAGUAGCAUGACCAUUUAUGAGAAGUUCAAGUAUUCCAUCCACGAAUGAUGACAUGGAGGUUGCUCAGUGGUUCAUAUUGAACAACUGUGAUGAGGUUCUUCCUUCUCUAAUGUGAGAAGUCUAGGGGAGGCGAAAUCAACCUUGUAUGAUGAUGAGCUAUUUGAGUUAGCAAGAGGCCCCAUUCGAGCUGAAACAUACCAAGGUUGCAUUGUGAACGGAGUAAAGUUUAUAUCUACAGAACGAGAUGAUAAGCUAACCAUGCAAAAUAGUGGUGUCUUCGUGCCUGGCAAUCAUGAUAUCGAUAAUGUAGACUUCUAUGGAAAGUUGAUAAGUGUGGUUGAGAUAUUAUAUAGACAACGCUACAAGGUUGUUCUAUUCAAGUGUCACUGGUUUAAUACAAACCCUCGUAGGAUGGGAUUUGUUAAACGUGAAUACCACUUAAUAUCUGUAAAUUUUAGUACUCAGUGGUAUGAUAAUGAUCCUUACAUUCUUGCAACAAUGGCGAAACAGGUAUUUUACGUAAAUGACCCCAAAGCAGGUGGUGAUUGGAAAGUAGUUCAGAAGUUGGAUCACAGGAACAUAUAUGAUAUACCAUGGAAGGAGAUGUAUAAUAAUAAUGAUGACAAUAAUGAUGUGGCGUAUCAAGAGACUUCUUCUUUAGAUGUACGAAACAUGGUUGAAGCUCGAAAUUAUGAUGUUAUUCAAACACUAUUUCAUAUAGAUGACGUUCCUCUAGUGUUGAUUGAUCCAAAAACCAUUGAUCGACGGCCUCUUGGAAGAGAAGAUGGCAACUUGGUUGAGAAAAUCAAUGAACAUGGUUUGGAGGACAGUGAUUUAGAAUAAUGAAUCUAAUUUCUCAUAAGAAACAUUCUAAGAACUCUCAUGUAUCUCCAGCACCUAAGAUGUCUCAAGUGACGAGCACAGAUGUGCCUCUACUACUUCAGACAUCACGAUCUGAUGGCUCAUCCACUACUAGGUUUGUGCCUUCUCUUUCUUUGUGACAAUCAUUGCAAGCCAAUAGGUCAGUACCUCCUUUGUCUCAGACAUCUCAAUCCCCCAACUCUUCUCUACCUGUGCAUCACAAAAGUGGAACUUGGUCAACCACUGAAAAUAUUCCCACUUUCUCUACUCAUUUGAUUGAUGCUGAUCGUACUCCUACACAUCUUGAGACACCGACAAGGACCCUUCCUAAUCCAGGUACAAAAUACGGUCCCUCUAGCCUCAAUCUUGACCAACCACCUUCUCGUCCUAUGAGUGUUGUUCAUCGUCACGUAGGUUGUAAACAAGGCACAGGCAUAGCAAAAGGUGAAAAUGUUCGUAGAGCUGAAGAAAAUGAUGAGGCAUUGGAUGAUGAAGUAGAGAGUUCCGAAGGUAGGGUGUUCAUUUGGUAAUAGUUAAUUUUCUUACUGCAUGAAGUUCAUUUACAUGUUCGGCUUUUAUUAUUGAUUUUGCAAGUGUAGGUGUAGGUGCAAGACACUUGCCAAGGACUCUCGAUGAUCUUCCUACUCGAGGGGCAUGUAAAAAAAUUAAGACCUCUCGUAUCGUUCGUACGACUCGAGAGAAAAUUCAAGUUUUAUACAAUUCAGUAAGCAGACGAGCAACAAAUUCUGGAGUGCAUAGUUUGUUAGUUCAUGAUAUCGGAGCCAUCAUUCGAUCACAUUGCUCAAUGAAUAAUGGUUAUUAGAGGACCAUUUCUUAAAGUGAGAAAAAGGACCUUAUAGAUGAGAUCACAGUAAGCAUAUGUGUGCAUGUGUUUAUGUUGGAAAAUUAAUAGUCAAAGAAAACUACAUGAAUAAAUUAAAAGCACAUUAGUCAUUUCAUUUUGUGAAUUCCUUUAGUUUUACUUUAUGACUUAUUUUCUAGAAUUGGGUAGUUUCUUAUAAUUAUGGUUUCUUUUUAUUUUAAUAAUAUUUUUAAUUAUGUCAAUUUCAGAUGAACUUCGAGAUAGAUUUGAAAGGCUUAAGAUUGGAAAAUUAUAUUAAUAGACUAUAUAAUGGAAGGUAUAGGGAGUUCUAGGCUGAGUUGAGUGCAUACUAUAAGUUGCGCAAGACACAUGAGAAUGCUUUAGCCAAUCCCCCUUUAGAGAUGCUUGAUAGAGGUAUAGAUCAAUGGGUAGAAUUGUGUAAUCAUUUCAACUCUGAUAAGUUCAAGAAGGCAUCAUCAACAAAUAUAGUGAACCGAUCAAAGAAGAAGUAUAAUCAUCGUACUGGUUCACGCCCUUUCUCGUACAUAGUGGAGGAGAUGGCUGAGGAAGAUGGUUCGAAGUUUCUCAAAGUCGACACAUUUGAGUUCGCUUAUACAGGAAAGAACAAGCGUUGGACUUAUAAUGUAGCUAAAGCUCAACACGAUGAGAUGCUUGUCAAAGAGUAUGAAUAUCUUGUACAAAAGGCAAAGGAGCACCAACUUCCCAAAGAUAUCCCUUUGGAGGAGAUACCAGUAGAUGAUCCUGAUGCUGGAAUUAAUAUCAUGAUGUUUGUUCUAGGUACGAAGCCUGGACAUCAAAUUCGUGGGUUGGGAGAUGGUCGCAUUAGAGACAUUCGUACAUCUUCUUCUAAUGUAAACAAUCUGGAGAAAGAGUUAGAAACAGAACGCGCUGCUUGAAAGGUAGCUGAUGCAACUCUAGUGAAGAUGGAGCGAAGGAUGCAAAAUAAGAUGAAGGUUGAUGAGAAACAAUUCAAUUCUACAGUGUAAUCUUGGCAUCAUUCUAUGCACCAGCUAUGUGGUAAAGUUCCUGUCUUUGUUGUGCCCCCAUUUACACCUUUAUCAAUAGAGAAUAAUGCUGAUGAGGACGAUGAUGCUAUUGAGGACGAAGAGAAUAACUUUGGUGAUGAUUAGUUGUAUAUCUAAUUCAUGAGGAUGAAGAGUUAUUUUGUUAGGUGCAUAAUAAUAGAUAUAGAGAAUGUUUGCUAUACUCAUUACUCUUUUUAAGUUUAGAUUUAAUCAUACUUGGUGAAUGAAUUUUAUUUUUGUUUUGAUAAAAUAUUUUGGAUUCAAUGUUAUAUUGAUUGACACUACAA